CCAAAGCUGAUAGGUCAGCAACUCCUAGAUGUGAUUCUGCGACGUCACCUAGAGAAAUUUUUGUGCUCUGUUGAGAUGGGCACAGAACUGUGUUCGUUUGUCAAAGAGCAGUCUGGUGAAGGUGUCACGACUGUUCUAGCAAAGAACGGCAUAUUGGAGACUUUCGAUACCAAGUGGAUGGUCGGCGCUGAUGGUGCUAAAGGCGUCGUGCGCAUACAGCUUGGGCUUACAUUCUUGGGCGAGACUAGAGAUGAUAUCCGAAUGGUCAUGGGAGAUAUUCGUUUACAUGGUGUUGGUCUUGACAGAGCGGUGCGUCCAACUUCUACUUGCUCCAUGAAGGAGUGCUCCUGA